AUGAGCCCUUCCGGCGGGGGCCGCGGAUUUGCGCGUUCCGCCUCGCAGCCCGUGCGGACACUAGACGCAGUCAGACACCCUCCGCCGCACACGCCUCCGAACCUCUCCCCCCUUUCCGGCGGUUCCUCCGCGCAUGGCGCAGCUGCCCCGCCAGGCCUGCCUCCCGCGCGGAGGGCUUCGGAACCAGGGCAAGCGCAAACACGCGCGCGCCCGGUGACUGCGGGGAAGGCUCCGCCAGUCCAACCAGUAGCGCGCGCAGGUCCGCCCACGACCUCCGUGGCCGCUGCUGCGGCUUCGGGCGGCGGAGGCAGUGCGACAGCUGCCGUGCCCCCCGGAGGCGGCGGCCUGCGCACUGUGGCGGGGGCGGUGGCGUCGCGUUCCCUGCGGAAGAGCGCGAGCGCGCCGCAGGUGCGGCCGGGGGAGGGCGCGUCGAACGCCAGCACGCGCGCCGUGGCGGAGAGGGCCGCCUUGCGACUGAAAGGGCGCGGGAGCGCUGGUGGGGCGGAUGCCGGCGCGGGGUAUUCCGGAGGGGGAGUUUCCGGCGCAGGCGGUGACGGGGGGGAGGUAGUAGGCGCGGCGGGCGCGGGAGUUGCGGGAGCGGUAGCGGACAGGCCGAGGACGCGCGUGGGGCGGGUGCUGUCGCAGGGAGGGCAGGGGGCGGCGGAGCAAGAGGACAGCCCGCGGCAGUGGCUGGCAGCGGGCGCGCAGGGGACAGGCGCAGGCGUAGGGGGGUUGGGCGCGGGCGGGUUCGCGGCGCCGUCGGAUCGGCCCACGACGCCCCCCAGGCGCGACAUGGGCGGCGGCGGCGGUGCUGGUGGGGGCGUGGGGGUGGCGGCGGUGGGUGUGGGGGUGGUGGCGGGGCGCCCCAAGACGCCCGCGCGCAUGGACCUGCACGAGGCGGAGCGCGUCCGCCUCGCUGCCGCCGCCGCCACGGGUGCACCUGCAGUAAUAGGCGGAGGAGGCGGAGCAGCAAUAGGCGGAUUGGGCGCAGGGGGCGCGGUGCAGGCGCCAGUGACUCCCCGCGUGGUGGAGCGCCCCUCCACGCCCCUCGCGGGGCAGCGCCCCGCCUCGCCGCUGCUGCGCGCGGAUGGUGGCGCGCUCGAGCGCCCCAAGACGCCCACGCGCAGGCAGGAGGCGGAAGGCGGGGAGCGCCCCACGACGCCCACCAGGCGGGGGGAAGUGGCAGUGGGGGCGCGCGGGGAGGGGCGGGUGGGGCGCAUGGAGAGGCCAACCACGCCCCUGCAUGGGGCGGAUGGGGGGCUGAGUUCUGCCUCAACCGCACGGGUAGCAGAACGGUUAGAUGUGGAAGCAGAGCGGUUGAAUGUGGAAGGAGAGCGGUUGGGGGCAGCAGAGAGGUUGAACGUAGAUGCAGAGCGAGUGGGGGCAGCAGCGCGGCCGCACACAGCCAUGCCGCGGGGGGUGGGCGCUGCAGCACAGGGGCAGGCGGGCAGCCGCGCGGACAGGGCGAGCUUCCGGGGGAAGGUGCGCCCCAAGUCGUUCGUGGAGCGGAACGCGGGCGACGGCACAGGAGCAGCAAGGGGGGACGGCGCGUGGCCGGGCGUGGCAGCAGUGCCGCGCCCCACCACGCCUGUGAGGCGAGGCGAUGGGUCUUUGGAGCGUGCGGUUACCCCCGGGGGGAGGGUUGGGGCGAGCGGGGGAGGCGGGGGUGGGGGAGGAGGCGGAGGAGGGGCUUUUGGAGGGGAAUCGGGAGCGAUCGAACGGCCGUUGUUGCCCGCUGGUAGGAUUGCCGGAGUCGAUCCAACGGGGGAGCAGCAGCAGGGGAUUAGAGGGGAGGGGAGAGGAGGGGCAGGGAGGCAGGCUGUUGGGAGGUCCCCUUCUGGGGAAGCUGCUAGGGCAGGAGGGCGUGCUGACUCAGCACCUGCGGAUGCUGACGUGUUCAGGUCGUUUAUCCUGGGCCGGCCGUAUGCUGACGUGGAGGAGCGGUUUGAGAUGGGAGGGGAGGUGCUGGCACGGGGGGAGUUUGGUGCGGUGCGGGUGUGUGUGGAGCGGGAGGGUGGGGCGAGGCUGGCUUGCAAGACCAUCGACAAGCAGAGCAUUCAGUCAGCAGAUGAGGCGCGCAACCUGAGGAGGGAGGUGGCAGCAAUGGAGGUGGUAUCAGGGCACCCCAACGUCGUUCAGCUGCACGCUGCGUGUGAGGAUGACAAGAGCAUCUUCCUGGUGAUGGAGUUGUGUCGGGGCGGCGAUCUAUUCGACUUCAUGCGCCAGUACGGCCGCCUGCCCGAGUCCAUGGCAGCACCAGUGUGCCGGCAGCUGCUGGCCGCGCUGCACCACUGCCACACGUGCGGGGUGCUGCAUCGGGAUGUGAAGCCCGAGAACGUGCUGCUGCUGCAGCCCGGCAGUGUCAAGCAGAUCAAGCUCGUGGACUUUGGCAUUUCCACAGACGUCGAACCUGAUGCUGCCUCCUGCAAGCUAUAUGGCACACCCCUCUAUCUCGCCCCAGAGACGCUAGACGGCAUUUGGGGCCCUCCAGCAGACGUCUGGAGCACAGGAGUUCUAGUCUACGCAUUGCUCUCCGGACUGCCUCCCUUUUGGGCUGCAUCAAACGAGGCCAUAUACAACGCCAUUAGAACUAAAGCCCCUCGAUUUUCAUCUGCGCGUUGGAAGCAUGUUUCGGAGGAAGCCAAAGAGCUGCUUCAAGCCAUGCUGGUCAAAGACCCCUCCAGACGAAUCACAACAAGCCAAGCUUUAGCACACGAAUGGGUUCGGGAUACAGCAGCCACUCCGCACUGCCACUCGCUCCCACCUCCCCGUAUCCUCUCACCGCAUUCAUCAUCCAGCUUCUUCUCUGGGAGAACCCUCGACAGUGAACCUUCUCUUUCCUCUCAGGCUUCAGUGUCCUCAGAACCUUCAGUUGGCUCAGAACCUUCUCCCUCACCGGGGGGUCUGUUUAGGGAACCAUCAUUAGCUUUAGGUCUACUAUGA